AUUUUGCAUCAUGACGGAACAAAUCGAGCAGUUGGACGUGAAGUUGGCCAAGUGGAACGAGAUGGAGCGCCGCGUACAAGAAGACGUAGCGAACGUUUCAAGUGUUAUCACGCUGAACGUGGGCGGCACCAUCUUCCAAACGGCCAAAGACACGUUGCUGCGUGUGGAAGGUAGCUACUUUCAUGCGUUGCUCGGGUCUGGCAUGUGGAACCCCACACCGGGCAUGGGGGGUGCAUACUUCUUGGACUUGGACCCGGUUGUGUUUCGUCGCGUCCUGCGCACGGGGAAGGUAUCGACGGACGGACUGAACGACCUGGAACUGACAUCGUUCAAAUCCAUGAUGGAGUAUUUUCAGCUCCACGAGUGA